AUGACUGGAAGACAAAUACCAACGAUUGUUCACGUUCAGGAACCAGAAGUUGUGUUAACAGUGACAGACUGCAAAGAGACUUGGGAUGCAGCUUUGGCAAGGACUGCGAGGGCAUGGGCACAUAAAUGCAUUUUUGAACAUAACGUAUACUUAAGUAGGAAACAUCAGUGCCAUCCUAAUUUCACAUCUAUUGGAGAGAAUAUUUGGGUUGGAAGUCAUCAAGCAUUCUAUGUUGCUGAUGCCAUUAAAUCGUGGUAUGAUGAGGUUGCAUUCUAUACUUUUGCAGUGCAGAAAUGUACUAAGGUUUGUGGUCAUUACAUUCAGGUUGUUUGGGACUAUUCAUAUAAAAUUGGCUGUGCUGUUACUCUUUGUAAGGAAGUUGCAGGAAUACGAAAUGCAGCGAAUUUUGUUUGCAACUAUUCACCAAGUGGUAAUUUUCCAAGACGACCAUAUAUAGAAGGAAGAUCGUGCAGUAAUUGUGGAAAAGGGGAUGCCUGUGAAAAUAAACUGUGUAGUAAGUAAAAGCAAAUGUAA